CGUUUAUUAUAUUAUAGGUUUGUUGUACGUAACCGAAGUAUAUAUGCAACUGGAUAAUAAAACUGUUGUGAUUUUGUAAGAUGUAAAAUGUGGACACCAUUGCAUUGCGGUUUCUGCUGGGUUAAGCAACAUCAGCAAUAUUCAGCAGUGGUGGACUGGUUGUGCAAUUAAUGGUUAAGCAGUAAUAUAUAUAAUAUCUAGGCAUGAAUUUUGUGGUUAAGCAGUCAGUAGACAGUUGGACAUAGUCCUAACCUUUGCACGACGUGGCCAUCAUUUGCUGCCUGCACGACCCACGCAGCUUGCCAGCUAGCUCAACACCGCGUAUUCUAUUAGCUAGCUGUAAAAUUCCAUCCCCACCACCACUACCACUGCUGCUUUGUAGAAACCAUCUUACUAGAAAGUUCAGCAAUCCCCUCUACUCAAGUGAACCUCUUAUCGAUCUCUCUUCAUUUCAUAGAUAUAACUUUUUCGAUUACUGCUUGGAUAAGGUACAAUUAUGAGUUUUUAAAUUUAAUUUAAUUAUUAUUUGUAAACGAUAAAUUAGUUAUAUAUAUACAAUAAAUGUAUUAGUGUGUCACGUAAGUAAUUGUGAUUUGAUGGAAGAUGCCAAAGCUAAUAACAAAGGGCCAUGUUAAAUCCUAGUUGUAGCAUAAACUAAUACCUCCGUUUUUUACGUGAUAAUCCCAAAUCCAAGGAUGUGCCAUGGAACACCCUAACUACUAGCUACCUCCGCCCCUGCAUGGAAUGGAAUAUCAACAUUUUCCGGUUCUCGGAUUAAGAAAAAGCAGGUUAAAAGUCUCGUGGCUCGCUAGUAAUCGGAAGAGAGGUAAGAAUGGAACCAUUUACGUAACCCCAAUGAAACAUGAUUUUUGUUUUAAUUUGACAUCCGAUUGAUUGUUAUUUAAGUUAAGCUUUAAUCUAUUUCCACACACUAGACAGAAUACAAUGAUGGUAUGGUCCUUACCAGACCGAGGUUUUCAUGGUUUGAUUCGAUCCUUACCAGACCGAACUGAACGCCCCUGAAAUUUAGUGUUUAGAUUUUAAAUAAUAUACAUGUAUGGUUUUUCAUAAAUAUUUUCAAAUCAGACAUCCAAAAUCAAUGUACUAGUUUAGUACAAUCUACAAAAAAAAAAUGUACUUAGUACUGAAUCGGUACAUAAUUAAGAUAUAAGAAUGAAGAUGUAGGUAAUUUGUUUUAGUCCUAUACUAUACUAGGGAGUCAUGAUAACUAAUGGCCAUGUGAAAAAACAGGGAUGGAAUGUCCGAGUUGGGGUGAGUAACUGAGCGAGUCUGAGUGAGGUGACGAGUUGUAGUUUGUUUUUGGAGAGUGUGUGUUCUGCAAAAUCCAGCUCAUUGCUCCACGAGACCAUGUCCAUGAACUGAAGAAAGAAGAGAGGAGGAGGACCCCUUGUUCCCCAGUCCUCUCAUUCCCACCUGGCCACUCCCCCACUAUCCCCACUACUCAAUUUCCUAUGAAUUAUUCUGUUCUUUAGAAAAGGGAAAAUAUUGGGUAUUAAAAUUUUGGUUUCUUAUCGAAUUGGUUAUCAGCUAACAUGGAGUUCGAGUUGGAGUUUGAAGCAGCAAGCAAGAGAGAGAGUACCAAGAGCUCAAAAUGGUGAGAGCUUGUGGCUAAGUAUGAGCAGUUUGAUGUUUAACUCGGGGAAAGCUCGUUCCACAUUCUAUCUCGUUCCACGCUCGAACGUUUGUUUGAGUUGGCUCGACAGUGUGUUAACGCGAGAUAGUUCGAGUAGUGGCUUACGAAUGAAUCCAUCCAUUUGUAGCCAGUGAGUUGACUUAGUUUGUUGGUAAUUGAUAGGUUUGCUAGAUUAUAGAUCUCAUCAACACAUAUGCAUCGCGCAUGGUUUAAGACUUUGAUUACGUGGACUUGUCUCAUUUUGAUAAUAUUCAUGAGAAUUUAUGUAUUCUAUUUUUUUAUUUUUUUUUUACUAAUUGAUAUGAAAUAACAUGAUAUGAUAUGAAAUAAUAUGAUGCCAACAUAUAUAGUACAUAACCAUGUAUCAUAAAAAUUGAUCUCAUGGUUAGUGACCAAGAAAAAUUUCAACACACUACUCAUUCCUAUAGUUUGCUUCUUGUUCUUGUAGCCACCUCAUCACCACAAUCUCAUCGUAUUGGUUGGAAGCCAGUUCCCGAAUACAUGAAAUAUAAGCUUCAUCGAUACUAAGUGCUUGAAUGUUUAAAAAAAAAAUGUUUGAUUAAUUAUUAGUUUCAUCAAUAUAUAUAUCUUUCCCUCCGCGUGGAUUUUCCCAUAUAAGAAUCUGUUGGUCAGAGGUAGAAGAGUGGGUGCAUAUAUAUCAUAUGGGAGGAUAGGUCAUUGGCCCCUUGCUUUUGCAGAGAAUUUCUAAUCUAACCUCUUUUCCCUAGUGGUGUUCAAAACGGUGUGGUUACCAUGGUAACUGUUUUAACCAGUACUAUUGGAAUAAUUUGGUUUGGUUGAAGUUCUUAGCUUGUUUGGUUUAGGUGGUUUGGUUUGGUUUCAGACACUCCUAACCAGCCAUAACCAAAUUAACCAGAUAAAUAAUUAGCCAUAUAUCUAAUAUAUACACAUACUUAAUAUUUGAAUAACCACUCAAGAGUUAAACGUUCAUCCCUUUUGGACUCAUAAAAUAUAAAGCUUGAUAUUGUUCCUGUAAUGUAUAUUUGUAUAUAUAGAGUAUAGACCACAACAUAUGAACGCCUGAUUUAGAUAAAUCUCAUACAUUAUGUUGGAUGAAAACUUGAAAGUAAGGUCCUUUUCAGCCUAUGAAAAUUGCUAAAAGCCUAAGUCAAUUCAAACAAACACAACAAUUCAUUAACCCAUACCAUUGUGAUAAAUUUUUGUUAGGUGAAUACUUUUAUACUAACCGUGAGAUAAUUGUCUUAGUUGCAUGUAUUUAUGUUAAGGAUCAACUAUAACUAUGUGUUGAUUGUUAUGUUUUAUUCAUUAUAUAAAUUGCGAAUUGUUGCAUUAACUGGAAAAUUUUCAUCGUCAAAUGAUAAUGUGAUUUUAUAUUGGUUAAUCUGGUUAACCAAUUAACCAAACCGAUUAAACUUUAGUUUUGUUAAUUUGGUUGUUGUAUUAGUUUGGACGGUUUGGUUAUGAUAUUGUAUUCCAUGGUUAAUAAAAUUUAGCCUUAUUUGGUUGUAAGAACACUCCUACUUUUCCCUCUCCCUCUCUCUCUUCCACCCUCCUCCAUAUGCAUUAUGCAGCUCGCUUUUGCCAUAUAUAUAGCUGGCCACGUUAAUAGUUAAUAAUUCCAGACAGACAGUAAGUAUGAAGAGUGUACGUACAGUGGAAAUACAUAUCCAAUCCCAUAUGCAUUUGCAGACACUAGAUAAUUGGCUAUCUGCAAUUUGCACCGCUACUUUAUUUGCAUGCUGCAAUAUAUAUAAUGCAGUCUCAAAGGAAAGGAUCCAUAUCGAUCGUCACAUGAAUAUCUCACCACCCCACAUCUAUCUGUUGGCCUGGCCUCCUCAAUUACACACAUUUAUGAUUUAUGUGUAUGGCCUUCCAUCUCAUUUUGAGGACAUUUUAUUAGAGUAUGUAGGUGCAGAGUAAGCGUACGUAGUAUUACUGUUCGAACUACACGUACUCAAAUACAUUUACUUAUAAGUCUUUGUGGUAACUUGGUGUUUUCCGACUCUGAUUUUGAGGAAGAGAAUGCACUACAAGAAACUGUACCUUCUGCGACGAAUUCUUUCGUGACGACAAGAGAUUCAUAUUUCUCUCCAAUAAUAUUGAAACAAGGUGCUGAAUUUUUAUAUUUAAAUCUCUCGUCACCGUAGAUAAAUUGUCUUGAUCAGUUGCUAGCUAGCUCUAACUUUGGCUACUUCAGUGCACUCACUUUUUUUGGUGCAUUCAGUGCACCCACCUCUAAAAGUGGUCAUAAUACAUUAAAUUUUGAAAUUUAAUGGGUUGUAUUAGUCUAAUAUGAUGAUAUAACAUAGAAUCCCAACAAAUCAACCCAUUACCCUAACCUAUUAACCUUCAAUUUUGAAUCUCAACCCAAAAUCCCAAAUUGCAAACCCUAACCAUAACCCUAAAUUCCUAAACCCUGAAUCAUCCAAAUUAAAGUGAAUCUUGAAUGCUUUUUGUACAAAUUCAUGUGGUUCUUGUUCAUCAUACCACAGGUGAUGAUUGACAUCGUUUUCACAUGAAUCGUCUGCUUAGAAUGACGAUUAUGAGGCGGGUGCAUUGAAUGCACCAAAAAAAGUGAGUGCACCGAAGGCAUAGCAAGCGAUUGACUAAAGGAUCAUUGACCUUUAGCAAAUGACCAAUUAAGUAGGGAGACAGAGUGAAGACGAAGUUGAGUAUAUAAAAGUGAACACAUAACAAAAUAAGGAGAAAGAGUUCCCGCCGGCAAAAAGACAGCGAUAACUGCGGCCGCCGGCAGCACGUACGCAUCGAUUCUAACACACACAAGAGGACGACCAACCGGUUACAAAAGCAUCACGUACAUUAUUUCUGCAUGUUUGUUUGUGUUUAUCGUUCUGUAUUUUUUGCCCUAGUUUUUCCUUUUGUGCUUUAGUAAAUGCUUUAAUUUAUAUUUUCCAAACUAUAGCUUGAUUACCUAUAUAUGGCCACAUGCCACCGUUAUUAUGAUUAUUAAUUAUAAGAAUAAUAAUAAUUAUUAUUAUUUUAUGUGUCAAUUUACUGGUUUGUUUGGCUUAAUCCUUUUCGACGAAAAAAAGUCACAGUAGAUCGACCUGUCUACAACUCCCAUAGCUCCAACAAAACUCCAUGGAUACAGUAUUUACAGGUCGUCCAGUUCUGAUUCCUUCUUCCAUUAAAAUACUUGAUUUCAUCGCCUUCUAAUUAAGUGGCUAAAAAAUAGGGGGGAAUUGGUCCUUAAUAACAAAACAUUAAGUCACCUUUUUCAAGUCUUGUAUAAUUCUGUGACCCCUACAAUUUGGCACCAUUUCUCGUUGGACAAACAAAUAAUAGAUCUCUGCAUGUAAACUCUUGUUCUGAAUUUAGAUAUAUGAACCAAAUUCAAUAAAUUAAUUAAACAAACUCGUUGUCCCAAUUUAUCUUUCCUUCUCUUAUAAUCAUAGUUGCGAAGAUCUACUUCCAUGAAAUGCCAUCCAUAAGCGUAAGAGUAGUUACGGAGCUAUCAAUUAAUAUCUAUAUAAAUAAAACUAGUUUAGUUUAAAUUCACUGCAAUCAUCAUAUGUCCUCGUCCAUAAAAGUAUCCUAAGUAGGUGUGAAUUUAAUUAGUGACAUCAGUUAUGUACUAAAGUCGAAGUAAAUUAAACAUGAUGAAAACUUUCAUCGCAAACAACAUUUUAUUUUAUUUCUUGGUUUUUUUGGUAUUGCAUAGUAUUGUAGAAACUGAAGUAUGAUAUGAUAAUAAAUGAUUGUGCAUAAUCCUUGAGAAAAGAUAAGAAAAAGAAAAGCAGCCUUGUUUGUUAGAGUGCCGAAGCCGAUUUUGUUCUUAAUACACGACUGGAAGUGUAUCAAUUGGAAAAAGAAAAGGUUGGGCAGGGCAAAAGGCCGGAGAGAGAGAUGAUCAAUACAAUCACACAUUCUUAAUUGCUAUUUGUUAACAGUAACACUCCCCCUAAUGAAAACCCGACCCACUUCUCUUAACCCCUUGUUUCUUUGCCAGGGAAAAUGAGAGAAAGGAAAGGGAAAUGAGGGAAUUGUGGGUUCCAAUAAAAUUUCUCCCGUUUCCGAAAUGUUCUACAGUACAGAGGUGAGGGAAAGUGGAGGGGCCGCGUACUGUACUAGUCUCACCCCCAAAUCGGAGGGAAAAUAAUGAGUUCCCUUGUCUUUUUUGUUUGUUUGUACCAAUCUCUCUUUUCUUUCUUUUUUCUCUCUUUUAUCUCUGUAGCCCGUAGGAAUUGGAGAGCUCAAUUUUAAUAAUAAUAAUAAUAAUAAUAAAUUGGCAAGGAAAGGCAGAGGAAAAGAGAUUUGUGAUUAAGAAGUGAUUCUAAGAUAUUUAUUGUUUUAUUAAAAUAGGAAAAGGAAUCAUACAAAAUGAAAAGAAGACGGCGGAGGGUUUUAGAUAAUGAUAGAAGUCAUUACAAUUUGUUAUCCAUUUUAGCUGAAUAAUUGGGAUUACUCCUCAUUAUUAAAAUAAUGGUUUGCUAACUUAUAUAUCAUAGUGAAUUAGUACGAAAAUCACGAAUCAAUAUAACGAUAUAACGGAAUUUUAGUUUGAAUUCAAAUUGAUGAUUUUUUAUAGAAGUAACGGUCAACCAUUAGAUCUAACCGUCGACAUAUUUCCGUACUAUUCUACUUUUGAUUUUUAAUAGUGACCAAAAUUAGUAAGAAAGUAAAAAUUUAAUCUACAAUUCAUAACCAAUGAUCAAAUUAUUUUCGUUAUGACAUGAUAGUUCAAUGGUAUUUUAUGUAGACAUGUUUCAUACGACAAAUUUGAUAAACUUGAAAUUUAUAGCAAGAAUGCAAGAUGUUUAUCUACUUAUUGGAUAUUUAGACCGGAUCGAACCGAACCAAAUGUGUGAUUUACGUCAUAUAUAGUGUUGUCUUACACGAUACAUAAAAUAGUUACGUUAGAUAUAAGAGUUUGUUACAUUCAUAGUAAAAACGAUAUAAGAGGGGAAUUUUUACAAAAUGGAUGUCAUUUUGUACAGUAGAGCUAAUCCAAUUUAUAUGAGAAUUUUUUUAAAUUGACGGGCUCACAUGAGUCACACAAAAUAUUAUUUUACACAAUUACGUGGAACGUAAAUGUGUGGUAAGUUUCAAGUAAAACGGCAUCAGAGUGAUACAUUUUUUAUAGAAUGAACGUCAUCUUGUACUACAAAGGUUAUCAAAAUUUGUAUGAAAAAAUAAAAUUAAGUUAAAUGAACAAUUUAUGUUCCGUUAACAAUUAAUAAAAAUGAUCAUGGUUAUGUAGAAAUUGGUUAUUCAUAAUAUUCAUUUUCGCAUUUUUUACACAUACUUACUAUUACAUAAUCAAUAAAAUAACAUAUCUAUCACACUUUCCUAUAUACUAUUUCCCUCCCACUAUCUCUUUCACUUUCCCCAUAAAACAACAUUUUCUCUCCAAUUCUCUUCUCCUCCAAUUUUCCUUCCCCUCCAAAUUCUCCCUCCCCUCCCCUCCUUUUCCUCCCCUACUUCGGAAACCGGGGGUAAAUCUCCUUAAGAAAAAAAAAAAAUUGUUAUAAAUUUAUUAUAUAUUAUAAUUUAUUUGUAUUUAAUAAAUAAAUAAAUUGUAUAAAAGAAUGAUCUGAUCUGUCCGCCUCACUGGCUUUGUGUUGUCUGCGUUGUUCUCAGCCAGCCCAGCCCCCCUUUACUAAAUAUUCACUUUCUUCCUGACUUUAUAAAUUACAAUCUCCCUUCCGCUUCCCUCUUCCGUUCUCCUCCGUCCAAACAUCUCCAAUCCACCGCCCCUCGCCGGAGCAAUUUCAAGAUCACAUGACGAUGAGCAGCAACAGCAGUGUCACCAGUAAUAACGGCGGGGGCGCCGGUCAGCAGUUCGGCGACACCACGCUGACCAAAGUCUUCGUUGGAGGACUGGCAUGGGAGACUCCGAAGGACGCGAUGCGCGACCACUUCGACAAGUACGGCGAGAUCCUCGAGGCCGUCAUCAUCUCCGACAAGCUCACCGGCAGAUCCAAGGGCUACGGCUUCGUGACUUUCAAGGAAGCUGAAGCUGCGAAGAAGGCCUGCGAGGACGCGACUCCCAUCAUCAACGGCCGCCGCGCCAACUGCAACCUCGCCUCCCUCGGUGCUCGCCGCCAGCCGAGGUCCGCUGGUCCGCCGCCCGCCUCCACCACUCCGCCCCUUCCGCCGCCGAUUCCGCAUCAUCAUCAGCCGCUGCCACAUCAUCCCCACCACCAUCAUAAUCAACAAGGAUCCAACGUUGGGGUGAGGUCCACGUCAGCCAAUCAUCAGCAAGUUCAGUGGUACUAUCCAGCUGCGGCAUCCGCGACAACUUUCUCUCACCACCACCAUCACGCCGUCCCUUUCUACGGGUACGCUCCGACCUACAUUGCAACCGACAUGGGCUACAAUCAGAAAUUGAGCUACGGCGGCGGCGCGUACAUGAGCGGCGGCGGUGGGCAGUACGGUCACCAUCAGGUGUACCCGGGAACCGGGCAGGCAGCGGCGGUGAUGCCAUACUACCCGGUGUACCAGUACUACGGAGGGCACCACCAAUCGGCGGCGAUGGGGCUGCCCAUGUACUCGGCGGCGGCGGCGACAUCGGCUGCGGGGCCCAUUCCGACCAUCAUCUCGAAACCGCCGUCCAUGGUGGCCGCGCCUCCUACCUCCGUUUGCUUGGCUGUGGAAUAGGUGGUGGGACGGUUGGAGCAGUUGCCAGCUUUAAGAAGGUUGGUUGUUGACGCCAGUCCAGGCCGGUCCUCAACACUCUUUUAACAACGCAAAAGGCAAUCCAAUCAGAGGGAAAAAAGAAAAAAGAAAGAAGCAAAAAUAACCAAAUUAUUUCCGGAGGAAGGAAAAGGUGGAUCUCGUCAAGCUGCUUGCUGCUGGGCUGGUUGUUGGGCUCAUGGGUUUGCUGCUGCUGCAGAGUCAACAUUAUUUAUCUGGAUCUGUCGCGGCCCAUUCCAUCUUUUCUGUUAGUCAUUUUUAUUAACUCUUUAAUUAAUCAAAGAAAACAAAACCAAGAUGUUGCUUUCUUUUCGUUGCUAUUAUCAUUACUACUGUCAUUAAGUUAAGUGUAAGACCCUAUUAUUUAAUUAAUUUUAAUUUUAACCAGCGGCAGGUUCAAUGGAUGAAUGAAAUCAUAACCAAGAUGAUUCUUUGAUUUCCUCCUCCACUUGCAACAUCUGGUGAUCAGCUUGAGCUCUGAAUUUAUCACAUUAUUAAUGGUUGUUAAUAUUAUAAUAAGCUAGCUAGGCGAGAUGGUGGUAGUGGGCGGUAUUAUUAUUAGUUAGUGUUGUGAAGUGAAGAGGUGGUAGAAGAUGUCAGUCCACAUCACAUGGCGCAUCGUGCUAUGGUUUUAUGCCAUGCCAUGUCUUGCCAGACAGAAAACAAAGGCCUUUGACAUAUUUUUCUACACAUGGUUGGUGGAGAGAAGUGCUCUGCUCUGCUCAUCAUGAGCAAAACAGGGGGGGGGGGGGGGGGGGGGGGGGGCGAUAGGUAUAGGUAUAGGAACAUGGCCUCAAUUGUUGUUGUUGUUAAAUUCUUUCUUCAGGAUAUGGGCUUUUCCCUGGCCUUGUGCAGUUUAUUUCAGAAGCUGGUAUUCUUGACUGCUAGCAGCAGCUCCUCCUCCUUUGAAUGGGGAUCGAUAGACAUCAAUUCAACGAUGUGGAUGUAUCAAUGGCUAUUUCCACACUAAGCUGAAAGCCCUACAGUACUCUGCAUAUUUAUUUCCACUACUGAAAAUGCAUCAUGCAUCACUCAUAGUCUAACAUGAUCCAUAAGGGGUCUAAAGCCUUCUGACAACAUUUGAUAAGGAUAGUAUAGUAGUAAGGGGGACAUGACAUAUUUUCUACCAGAUUUUUUGUCAUCCGAUUCAAUAGUGUGCAUGAAUUUUACAACGCUAUUAAAAGUACAAACUUGUAUUUUAAUGUUAUGGUACAAUUUUAGUCAAUUCUAAGGGGUUGGCCUGGUGGUAAUAUGGAGAUGAGAACAUUUGUCGCACUCUAAUUCCGAAUCUGGGGGCCAACAUCCUACAAAAAAAAUUAUAUGUUUUCAUCACAAGAGGUUGGCCUGGUGAUAUAAUGUGGGGAUGAGAACAUCCACCACAUUAUGAACAACUCGUAUAUAUUGACAUUAUAGCAAUGCCCCUUUUGUACUAUUGACAUUAUGGUACCGAUUCAAUUUGUACUUAUAAAUUUUCGAAGACGCAUCAUUAUAAAAAACAAAACUCGAAGACAUUCUUUUGUGGUACGAACUAAACCUUGUAAAUUUGCAUUUCUUGUACAAAUUCAACUUGUAUGGUAAAUCACAGAGCAUGGUGAAUAAUCUUCAUAGCAUCAUAGCUACUGUGUGCUUAUUCCCUAUCAAUUUUUUCUAUCUCCAAUUUCUAGGGCUCACAAUGCCUCCAUGUCAAUUGACUAUAACUCCAUUGUUGUCCCCUUGCCAUAUCAGUUUAAAUACAACUAAAUGCACUCUCGUUCUCAGAUAAACAUACAGCAACUAUAUUUUUUUAGAGCUCCAAAUUGAUGACUAUUCUCUUGCUAUAGAAUAGAAAUCAUAUUAAAUU